AUUCUGCGCAAACCCUAUCGUGUUCGUUUGGCCUUCACAUCAAACUUCGUUCUUCUGCUCUCUCCCUUCCAACUCUCUCCUUGAAGUGUCGUUGAAUGCAAAACCGUUCAUAAAAAUAAUUACAUCUCUUGUUUUCCUUACUUCCCCGAGCAGGGAAUUGAUCACAUAAUAUUGUACAUGCAUUGCGUCGGGUUAUUUUGACUGCGUUCAAAAUAUCAACUUCGCUCAUACUGCGAGCGAUCUAAGAUGCAUUUCAAAGGGUUGAUGAUUGCUGUUCAAACUCUCGAUGGCGAAGCUGGCAAGAAGAGAAGAGCAAAGGCGUAUCUUCGCACGUAUCGCAAAGUUCAGACCUACCAGGGGUGUGAAGCUGGCGAAGCGAUAGAGGACAAAAGUUACCAUCAAAAAACUGAACCUGAAAAUUGCUCAGUGGACACGGAGUCGAACAAGGCUUAUCAAACUUGGCUUAUAUUUCGGCUGGGUAUUCUGAGUGGCAUGUUUUUCGUGUUGUUUACCGUGCUAGUUAUUGCAGCAAUUCGGGCGGACAAUGACAUCCAAUGGCAACCAGCGUUCCGCAUGUAUAGAGGAAUGUUUCUGUUCGUACUAGAAUUUUUUUUCUUUGGAAUCAAUUUAUACGGCUGGAAAUCAGUGGGUAUUAACCCUGCACACAUCUGUGACUUAAAGAAUAGUCUCUGCCCUCUUCGAAUGCUAGAGAUGUCGUUGUUCUUCGCCGUCCUAUGGGGAACAAGUGCUGUGGUUUUUCUUUUCUCUGAACAUUUUGGACUGCCGCGUUAUUUCCAUCCAAUUGCGUUAGCUUGUUUCUUUUUUAUUUUCGGUAUCAACACGCUUGACUUCUGUUUAAGAAAAGCAAGAUUCUGGCUUCUUAGGGCAAUUUGGCGAGUUUUGACAGCGCCGUUCCACCAUGUAGGAUUUGCCGACUUCUGGCUUGCAGAUCAGCUAAACAGUCUUGUAGUUGCUAUUCUGGAUAUGGAGUAUAUGUCUUGUUUUUACGCACUUGACUACUACUCUGUUCAAGACCGAAGUAAAUGCGGUAGCAAACUGUAUGGGCUGAGACCGCUGAUCGCUUGUCUCCCUGCGUGGUGGCGCUUUGCGCAGAGUCUGCGCAGAUACGAUGACACAAAACAGAAAUUCCCACACCUUGCGAAUGCUGGGAAAUAUUCCACAACGUUCUUUGUUGUAUUCUUUUCAACAGUGGCGACAACUCACAAAGAAAAUACUGGUAAACAGCAGAUGGAUUUCUACUUUUUGUUUUGGAUCUUCUCGGCGUUCAUCAGUUCGUGUUACACCUACGUGUGGGAUGUGAGAAUGGAUUGGGGACUAAUGGAUUCUAGUCACGGAUAUCUUAGAGCCAAGUUGCUAUUCAAACGCUUGGGGUUUUAUUACUUUGCGUUGGUUAGCAAUCUCUUUCUUCGCUUGUCCUGGGUCCUGACUGUAUCAGUUGGUGAAGCAGGACUGUUUCAUUCUGAAGUCCUCACAGCAUUACUAGCGGUGUUGGAAGUAUUUAGGCGAUUCGUAUGGAAUUUUCUGCGAGUAGAGAAUGAGCACUUAAGUCGACUAAAAGGAGCGGUGGAUCAUAGUCAAGAGGAACUCAGAGAAUAUGACGAAGAUGAACAAUCAGAAGAGUCAAUAGGAUAAUAAAUUGUGACAGACGAUUGUCAGGAAAUCAUGACAAUCCCCAAUCCCACUUUUCUCUAUGACGAAAAGUGUACGCGUCCUUAACUGGACGAGGAAGUCUGGGGAAACUCGACCUUUGAAUUUGGGAUAAACAAAACUUAGUGGCUAACUAUUUCAAAAAUUAUCAUCAAAUCUGAUAUUUAAUGACAAAUAUUACUUAAGCUACAUAAAUUAUUAUUACAUUAAUAUUAUGUUUAUGUAGAAGAACCACUAUUGUUAAAUUAGAUGUUAAACUUUAUUUAAUAUUGUUAACAAAACGAUUACAGUGGAAUGGGGAGUCACGUCUAUUUUGUUUACUUCAGAGGGUUAUUUUUUUUGUCUGCAAGGCAUUAUAAUGUUCCUUUUAUUUUUUUUAAGUCAAAGAGAUUAUUUUGGGGAGGAAGGGUUCUGGUUGAUUUGUAAAGAUAUGAAGGUGCAUAGUACAAAUCGUUGUUUUUGGAAAUGCCCAUCUAGAGAUGAUUGAUUAAUUAAAGCGAAUGUGAUGAGUUUAUUUUUCUAACUAUUCGGUGAAAAUAAGUUGAUUUCAUUUUGAUUAUCCUUCUUCGAAGUUCGAGCAGGUUAUACAGUACAUCGGUCCGUGAAUAAACCGAGAGAACACCAGAGAGCUAAGAGCAAUUUUCACGGGAAUGAUCCCGGUUUGCUCUGGUUUUGCAUUGCAGACCUAUCGCAAAUCAAAUAGUUCCCCUGGGUUCGCUUGAAUUUUUAUUUGCUCCUUAAUUAAUUUUGCUUUUAUUUGGCGACACUUGGUUGAGAAGCGCUUUCAUUUUGACGUUCAAGAUGAACAGCAAUUUGUAUGUGUUAAUGGAAAAAAGUUAGCACUUUUGCCUCACGUUCGUAGUCCGAUGGGAAAACAAGGCUUAUUACGGGGUAUUAUUCUCAUUUUUUUAUAAGUUGAUUACAAUAUUAAAAGGAUUAGAGGGUAAUGUACCAAUUACAUUCGAAUUUAGUAUUUUCAUUUGCACUCGGCACUCAUUCACAUCAAACGGUAUUUGCUAUAAACAUUGAAAAAUAAGAUGAU